UCUAUUGCGAGGCUCUGAGCCAAGUCUAAGAAACCGAACUCUGCGCUUCACAUUUUCGGAGCACCUACCACGUAAAGCAACCAUAUCGACUGUUGCCCAAGAUGAAGUGGUUCUGGGAAUCUCAGCGAGAUGGGGAAAGGGACAGGUACGGGAGCCGCAGUGGCUCUCCCGCCGAGCACGACUCCGAUUCCCGGGAACGAGGGGACCGAGCCCCCGAUGAACAUACCCGCCUCCUGCCAAACCGUGUUGACAGCGGCAUCCCCUAUCUGAGCCCCGACGACCCUGCAGUGUCGCCGUACAACCUUUGGACCGUCCGCUUGGUCAGGCGCAUCACGGUCCUCUUGGCCGUCAUCACCUUCCUCUGCUGGAUCGUACAAUUGGCAUCGGCAUUCGUGACACUGCCCGGCUUCCAUUCUCGCGGCGGCGGUUUCUUCGGCUUCGUCUACGUCAGCCUGGCCUUGGUGACACUUGUCAUCUCGCUCAUUUUCUUCUCGGUACCGUCCAAGUCGGCAAGGAUCCUCAGCAUCGUCAUGGCGGUCCUGCUACUGGUACAGACCAUCAUCAUCCUGGCAGUGGAAAAGACGAGACACGAAGAAGCCUGGGUGGGCGUCGCUUCGGUGGUAUGGGUACUGCUUAUAUCCAUCUGGGAUCUGGUCGCAGGCAGUAUAGUGCAACGGGGAAAGACUGAAGAGGAGGAGCGUCUGACUGGCCGGUCCGAGAGCCGGCGGACCUUGCUGGAGUGGACAGGGGUGACGCUCUCGACCGUCGCCCUGUUCGUUAUGACGCUAGUCCUCGUCCUCAUGUCCUGCAACCUGAUCAUCCGCGCCGUCGAUGCCGGUCUAGCACCCCCCGGAGGAUUGUACUGGGUGGACGACGACAAAUAUCAGAUCCACGUGUACUGUCGUGGAAACGAGACAAAUUCCGACGGAGAAAAGGUUCCCACCGUGCUCUUCGAAGCGGGAGAGGAUCCCGUAGAAUGGGGUCUCUGGCAGUUUGCGGACAAUGCUCUCCAGAAUGGCUCCAUCAGCAGGUAUUGCUUCGCGGACCGCUCAGGCGUUGCAUGGAGCGAUGCGGCUCCAUCACCUCUAUCGGCAAGCAUGGCGAGCGAUGCUCUGGGCGAGGCACUUGCGCGGGCAGGUGAAAAGGGACCAUGGAUUCUGGCUAGUGCUGGCAUUGGAUCGAUCUACUCACGCAUAUUUUCAUCCCGUCAUGGUAGGGAAGUGGAGGCAAUAUUGAUGAUCGACCCACUGCACGAGGAUCUCCUAUACAGAGUUGGGAGGCCAGGGCGGGGGUUCCUGCUUUGGCUGCAGGGCGUCAUCUCACCGCUCGGCCUUGAGCGCGUCUCGGGGUCUCUCUUCAAGGGCCGAAACAGGGUGGAUCGGGUCUGGGGCAGGUCAGCAUAUCAGUCGGGAAAGACAAUAUUCGGCAAGCUCCAAGAGAGUCUGGUUGCGGAUUCCCUGACCAAGCGGGAGGCAAUCUCCAGCAGGGCCAUCCAAUAUCAAGACACACCGGUGGUGGUUAUCAGCUCAGGGGUCAAGCUUCGUCGAGACAGCGAGUGGGAGGAAAAGCAGAGGGAUCUCACUCAUCUCACGAGGAAUUUGGAGGAUUGGGACAUUGUUGAGAAGGCCCCCCACCAGGUUUGGAGGACUCUUGAGGGUCGUGAACAGAUUGAAAAGCGGCUGAAGAAGCUUGCCCAUCGUGGGUGACGGAUGACGGGUGAGGAGGGUGCUGAAGUGGUGAAGCCUUUCCAUGGAAGAAGAUGGAGCCAGUCGCUGUCCAGGGAUCAAGUACGACGAGGCUCUGUGGAAGGCGCACUGUGGUAUAUUUGGGCUCAAAAUGAAAUGAAAACACAUUUGAAUUGCCUAUUUAUUUGGAAUGGA